UGAUGGUGAUGGUGGCAGCACAGGGAAAGCAAAGAAGGCGCUACCUAUCCUCCUCGCCAUCCCUACCAAGACACGGGGGCGGUGGACGGUUGCUACUGAGGCUACUAAAGCUAGGAGCUAUUUGCCUGUUUCUGCAAGUAUCGUGUGCAACUGCAGCUGUACUGCUGCCGUACAGUGGCGACGGCUCGGGGGAUGAUGAUACUUUACAACCUGAUGACGGGAGCGGCGACUUUGUGGGCUCUGGAGAAUAUGCAUUCACUACAGAAACACCUUCUGCACAAACUGAUGGAGAAGGUUCUACUCCACAAACUCCCACGAACAAACCGAAGCUGGUCUUCAAAGCUAUAAACCUACUGGAGGACUUCAGUAUAGGAACUGCACCCACAUUCACAAUAGUCUCCUUAGAGAAAUACGUUAAUGAAAUUUUAAGCAACUCUACUGCAGCUAGAGCCACUCUUCUUCCACCGACCUUCAUGCUGACUCUCGCCUUCCGACCAGACAACAAUACGGCUCUCAAACUAGUAUCAUCCAUGUCCGUACUGCAUAAUGACGAUAAUCCUUUAUUAGCGCCUGAUAUUGUAACAAAUUCUUCACAGCCAAUUCAAAACCCAACUGACGAAUUUGCUGCUCUCCUUCUAAGUACAGCUGCCACAUAUCUCCAUAGAGAUAGAUUCUACACUUUGUGGGAGGAUGUGAGUAGCUCUGCACGGCAUUCUCUCGUGUUCAUGGUUACCAAUGGCAGCAUUAGCACUUGUUUAGAUGGUGAUUUCAGACCUGCUAAUCCCGGUGUCGUUUUGUGGGAGGAGUUCAGUUUAGGGCAAUCGAAUGAGCAACAAAUGGUACAAUUCUCCAGCUAUCUGCAUUCAAUGAAUUCUCUGGGUAUUCUUUGUGGCGCCAGUGUUCUUCCUCUCCAUGGCAACGACCAACCUGAUGCAAGCAUGUGUUAUUCACAACCCCACCACCAAUGUCAAGAGGUUCCUGAAAGUGUUAAAACUGCCAACCCCUACACUAAAAGUGGUGACCCUGGUUACAAUCCCUACACCUCCUAUGAUCCUUACAAACCCUGGCCAGACUUACCGUGCAUUGGACCACCUGGUCCCCCUGGAGUGCAAGGCAGAGAAGGUUACAUUGGACCACCUGGAACCCCAGGUCUGCCCGGCUACCUAGGAGAGAGGGGACCUCGAGGCUUACAAGGACCUCGUGGUGAAGUGGGUGGACCAGGUCCCAAGGGUGGACAAGGCUACACAGGUCCCCCCGGCUUCUAUGGACAAGUGGGAGAACCCGGAGACAUUGGUCCUAAGGGUGAUGCUGGCUAUAUGGGUAUUGGUGGGCUGAAGGGACCGAGGGGGCCCACAGGAGACCCGGGGGAUGAGGGACCAGCCGGUAGGAACGGAAAGCAUGGCAAAGAUGGCAGCAAAGGUUUCAGAGGUGGAAGAGGUCCUAGGGGAAUUGAUGGCAGGAAAGGUGGUGUUGGUAAGAAGGGAGAGCCUGGGGUCAAAGGUUGGAAGGGAUUGAGAGGACCACCUGGUGUCAUUGGAGCCAAGGGAGUCACUGGUCACCCCGGGAUGAGGGGUCCACUGGGGCCGAGGGGCCAGCAGGGUCUACAAGGUUAUGAGGGUGAUCCCGGUAGAGUCGGACCAAUAGGAGAUCCAGGAAAGAAUGGGCUGCCAGGACGACAAGGAGAGAUGGGACUGUCUGGAGUACCCGGAGCUGUUGGUGAGCCAGGCCCAGUGGGUAGGCCUGGACCGAAGGGAGAGAAAGGAGUGGGUGGAAACAAGGGACCACCGGGACAGAAGGGCAUCCAAGGCUAUCGUGGUCACCCUGGAGUGAGGGGCACUAAAGGAAUGCUGGGUGGGACUGGCUAUAUGGGAGCUCCCGGCGCCAAAGGAGAUAAAGGCCAUCAGGGCUAUCCCGGGAUAGAGGGUCGACCAGGAGUGGACGGCAUACCAGGCGAUGAGGGACCCCCUGGUGAUGAUGGACCCCCCGGGAGGAGGGUGUGCCCGGAAUACAGGGUCCCCCUGGAUCACCUGGUCUCCAUGGACUCAACGGUCACGGUGGACCACAGGGACCCCCCGGCAAGGACAGCCCCCCCGGUCACCGUGGAGAGCCAGGACCCAAGGCAAGGAGUGGCUGGUUUCCCUGGUAUUCCCGGCUCUUUCGGACUACUAGGUAUCAAAGGUCAGGUUGGCUUGAUUGGAGCCCCUGGACCCCCCGGGAAGCAGGGGGCGCCUGGUCUCCCGGGGCCUGUUGGUCGUAAGGGCAUGGUCGGCUUGAAGGGGUUGAGAGGAGACAGAGGACCACCAGGGGGUAGUGGAGAAAAGGGAAUUCGUGGCCCUCCUGGUAUGAUUGGUGCUGACGGUGCAAACGGUGACCCUGGUGCGAAGGGACUGGACGCCAGACAAGGACCACAGGGCCCUCGAGGUAAUAAGGGGCACAAGGGACUGUCCGGUUUCAAGGGACCCUCAGGACUUCCUGGUGCCAAGGGGGACUCUGGUAACACAGGUCCUGUUGGACACAAAGGCUCUAACGGGAUAAUAGGCAGUAAAGGUGGUCCCGGCCUGCAAGGUUCCCCCGGACUACCUGGACCCAGUGGAAACAGGGGGCGGGCUGGAGAGCAGGGUCCAAAAGGUCAACCAGGCCCAGUCGGAGAGAAGGGAAGACAGGGACGUGAUGGCGUUGAUGGCCCCCCCGGAGAUGAGGGACCAAUAGGAUCCAUCGGACUCCCAGGUCCGUUGGGCCACAAAGGACAACCUGGUAUAAACGGACGGAAUGCCUUCAAGGGUCCAAAGGGCUCCAAAGGUUCACAAGGAGAGAGAGGUUACGAUGGAAUAAAUGCACUGAAAGGCCCUAAAGGCAAUGCUGGAGUGAAGGGCGAUCGUGGUGACACUGGUUUGGUGGGGGACCCAGGAGAGCCGGGAAAGAGGGGGGAACCUGGCAGGCCCGGACUGAAGGGUGUUGUUGGUGGACCCGGGAAAAAGGGACCAAAAGGAUUGCUUGGAGCUGAUGGGGUCAAAGGUCGUAAGGGCAAGGCUGCACUCAAAGGAUCACGUGGGGACAAAGGUGACAUUGGAGAGAGAGGGCCAAAGGGCACAGCUGGCAUACCUGGACUAACCGGCAAACGCGGGGUCAAAGGUCUAAAAGGUGAUCCUGGAGAUCGAGGGACAGUUGGGGAGGAGGGCUUGCGAGGCAAACAAGGCAAGGGAGGAUUAAUCGGGUUUACCGGUGUGCCUGGGUCUGCCGGGUUGCCGGGGGAACCAGGACCCCCUGGAGAGAAGGGACUUCUUGGAAAAUGGGGGGUGGACGGAGCCAAUGGAUUCGAAGGGAAAAAGGGAGAGAAAGGCAACAAAGGAGGGUUAGGUGUUCAAGGACCACCAGGACCAGCCGGUACUAAAGGUGAACUCGGUGACCCCGCCCCUCCCGGUAUACCAGGUGAUCCUGGGGACGAAGGUCGUCCAGGUCCAAGAGGGUUCAAAGGUCACCUAGGAAGACAGGGACCCCAUGGGGAGUCAGGGGAGGUGGGCUAUUAUGGUCGUAAAGGUGAUCCAGGGCCGAGGGGAGGGCUCGGGCCACUGGGUCCAAAGGGUGACCCUGGAUAUAGCGGACCUCCUGGUGUGCGCGGAGAACCUUCACCUAAGGGCGCAAAAGGAUACCCAGGUCUGGAGGGUCCGCAAGGUCAACAAGGACCCCCCGGGAAGACAGGAACAAGGGGAGACAUGGGAGAACGUGGUCCGACAGGGCUGCCUGGUCCCCGUGGUAACAAGGGGGGCAGUGGCGAGCCUGGGGAGGAUGGUCACCAAGGAGAGAUUGGAUUAUCAGGUCUCAAGGGGAAGGCUGGGAUCCCGGGGCCCAAGGGCCAAAAGGGCGAUGACGGACGGAGAGGGUGGUCAGGUGGCAAAGGAAUUAAAGGUUACAAAGGAAGAGAGGGACGUGACGGCCCUCAAGGCUCGCAAGGAAUGUACGGUGCUAAAGGACGUACAGGUAAACCUGGACGGUUAGGAUUCGAUGGAGAGCCAGGAUUUGUUGGAUUUAGAGGUUACUAUGGCAACAAAGGAGCCAAAGGACAAAAAGGACGCCACGGACGUGAGGGCCCCCCUGGACCACUAGGACCCCCCGGACCUGUGACACAAUACUAUUCUUCUCAAUUCUCAAGCGAUGAAUUUCUCAACCGUCGAGCAAACAAACCAGACUUUUUCCCCAGCCUGCAAGAUAUCCUCAGCCAACUACUAGGCAUGUCACCAGCAUCACAGAAGUCACACCCACACUCCUCACGCCCACACUCUACCUCGUACUGUCUCCCACUGUUCACACCGUCGUCAUAUUCAACGGGUCGCCAUCGGAAGUGGCCUGCUCAUAACUGCCACCAUGUCCGUGUCCUCAACACCUCGGUGGAGGAUGGCUUCUAUUGGGUUGACCCAAACCUCGGUUGCUCCUCUGAUGCUGUGCAGGUCUUCUGUCGCUUCUCUUCCAAUGAAACCUGUAUCUAUCCAAAGGUCCAAGGGCAUAGGUUGACUCCACCCAGUUGGGUCAAUAUAUCGGAUGCUUCAUCGCCAUGGCUAUCAGUGAUCACUGGUCAUAAUAUCAAGUAUGGUGUGGGUGUGGUCCAACUGAACUUCCUGCGGCUAUCAAGCUCAGAGGCAGUACAGGAGCUCACACUAGCACGCCCCCCCGGACCACCACUGGAGGAGGGGGUGCUCCAGAUGCUGGGCUAUGAUAAGCAGCUUGUAGAGAGACCGCCUCAUCACAUGUCAUGUCAGGACAAUGACAGAAUGUUGGACCCCCCUCAGGGCAAUGACACCACGUUAGACCCCCCUCUCUCCUCACAAGGACCACUGUGCUAUCUCCGCUACACACUCGACACUUCUAUAUCCACUAGUAGCUUAGAAAUUGAGCAGUUGCCUGUCAUAGACGUAUUACCAUGGUUACCACUGUGUGAGCAUGUGACUUGUGAGCUAAGAGUAGGGCCGUUGUGUUUUAGAGAAGACUCUAGAUUGUUUGGAGGUGGAUAAGGUUGUGCGUUGUGUUUUCGUUCUGUUUUGUCAGCACGUUUUUAUGUAGCGUAUGUGGAUCAAAUCUCACUA